CAUCAAGCUAUAAUCCGAUCUUAAUUACAUCAUUAGCCAGCUAAUUAAGUAUAUAUCUAGCUUGCUUAGCUAGAACACACUCUACAGCUAAGCUAGCAAUGGCGCGCAAUAAUGGCGUCGCGGUGAUGUUCGCCGCCGUGGUCGUCGUCGCCGGCGCGCUGGUGGCGGGGGCGGCGGCGCAGAGCGGGUGCACGUCGGAGAUGGUGAGCCUGGCGCCGUGCCUGGACUACAUGCAGGGGAACGCGUCGAGGCCGACGGCGUCGUGCUGCGCGGCGCUGUCGAGCGUGGUGAAGUCGAGGCCGGAGUGCCUGUGCGCGGUGCUCGGCGGCGGCGCCUCCUCGCUCGGCGUCACCGUCAACACCACCCGCGCCCUCGAGCUCCCCGCCGCCUGCGGCGUCAAGACCCCGCCUCCCAGCGAGUGCAGCAAAGUCGGUGCUCCGAUUCCGUCUCCGGCGCCGGGGGGCGCGGCGGCGCCGAAUGCGCCGCCGGCUGCAGGGACCGGGUCGAAGACGACGCCGACCACCGGCGCGAGCUCCGCCGGCGAGAGCGUCGGCAAGGCGGCGUCCGUUGCGAUGGUGAUCGUGUCGGCUGCGUUUGCAAUGUUGUAUGCUUGAUUAAUUAGUUUAAUUUCUGCGUGGAUUAAUUGAGCAGUUUGAUUAUUGUUUAUAAUGCCAUUGAUAUAUACUGUGUGACAUGUCAUUUAUUUCUUCAUGUAUUUUAAAUUUCGAUUAUUAUUAUAUUCAUUGUAUGAUGAUAUAUCAUUUGUUGAAUAAUAUAUUCAAGUGCUUUGCAUU